AACACCCAGAGUCCAAGAUGUCCUGCCAGCAGAACCAGCAACAGUGCCAGCCCCCUCCCAAGUGUGCCCCCAAGUGCCCUCCCAAGUGCCAGACACCAAAGUGUCCCCCCAAGUGUCCUCCCAAGUGCCCCCCUGUGUCUUCCUGCUGUAGCCUGGGUUCUGGGGGCUGCUGUGGCUCCAGCUCUGGGGGAGGCUGUGGCUCCAGUUCUGGAGGCUGCUGCAGCUCUGGGGGUGGUGGCUGCUGCCUGAGCCACCACAGGCCCCGCAGAUCUCUCCGUCGCCAUCGUCACAGCUCUGGAUGCUGUAGCGGUGGCAGCAGCAGUGGCUGCUGUGGCAGCAGUGGCGGCAGCGGUGGCUGCUGUGGCAGCAGUGGU